UUCACGGAAAUGUUAGUGUUGAAUGUGAAAUGCUAGGCCUCGCUUGGUGUAUUGAGUAGUGUACACGUGCGCUGUUAACGAUGAACGUUGGAUUACAGCGUUAGGCCAAAGUAGGCUACUAUCGCUCCAGAAUGCCCCAUGGUGUAAUCAGCAAUAUCAAAGAGAACACGGAACUGUUUCCACGGAUGUCUAAAAAAAAGAUGCCAGCGAAACUAAGGCGACCACAGUGCCAAAUUUUCGUAUUGACCUGUACAAAACCUGGACACUGGAUAGCACUGUGUGAAACCACGCAUGGUCAACCCGGUAGGUCACCUGACGUAGCCUGUUCUCCGAUCUCAAGACAAGAGCCCUUAGAGACUUCAACUGGUGCGUUUUGCUGUAGUAACUCAAUGUGCAGUGUCAAUAGCCUACUGGCAACAUUUAAGGCAUGCAGUGACUAAGCAGAGGGUCUGGUAAUGGGGGUCAUGAAGAGCCAAAGCUCCCGUUGUGCCUUCUUCCUGGGCUUUAUCGUGGGCUUCUGCACCCUGUACUUCUUUCUGCGGCAGGCGUGGUUUGUGCGGAGCUUCACAGCGGUCACAGGAGUCAAGCUUCACAGCGGUCAAGGAGCCCAAGGGAGUGGGCCCGAUACUGGGGUAGCGAGGGAAGGCAGUGGCAGCAGCAGAGACUGGAAAGUGGAGGGAGCAGCUCUGGUCAACCUGAGACACCCACAUGAAAAAGGUGAAGACAGCCUUGUUGCAGAUGAGCUGUUUAAGAAAGUGCGUAUUCUGUGCUGGGUGAUGACAGGGCCCAGCAACCUGCGGACGAAGGCUUGGCAUGUGAAGGCCACGUGGAGCCGCCACUGUAACGUUCUGCUCUUCAUGAGCUCUGAGGAGGAUCCAGACCUGCCGGCCGUGGGCCUGGGCACAGGGGAGGGCCGCGACCAGCUCUACUGGAAGACCAUCAAGGCUUUCCACUAUGCCCUGAAGAACCACGCUGACGAGGCCGACUGGUUUCUCAAGGCCGACGAUGACACCUUUGUGGUGGUGGACAACCUGCGCUGGGUCCUGUCCAACCACACGCCCGAGGAGCCCAUCUACUUCGGGAAGCGCUUCAAGCCUUACGCCAAGCAGGGCUACAUGAGUGGGGGAGCAGGCUACGUGCUGAGCAAGGAGGCCCUGCGGCGCUUCGUGGAGGGCUUCCGCACCAAGGUGUGCACGCACACCACCUCGGUGGAGGACCUGGCCUUGGGCCAGUGCAUGGAGAAGAUGGGCGUGCUGGCGGGUGACUCCAGGGACACGCUCCACCGGGAGACGUUCCACCCAUUUGUCCCCGAGCACCACCUGACAGGGAAGUUCCAUAAAAGCUUCUGGUACUGGAACUACUGCUUCUACCCCAUUGUAGAGGGUCCCCAGUGCUGCUCAGACUUGGCCGUUUCUUUCCACUAUGUGGACAACGUGCUGAUGUACAUUCUGGAGUACUACACCUACCAUCUGCGGCCCUUCGGCUACAGGCACCGCUACCGGCCCCCUGUGCCCGAGGCGCUGACCAGGGCAACCCAGACUGAGAGGGCGGGGGCGGCGGCGAUUGACCCUGGCCCCGAGGCCCAUUCCACGGGAAAGAGGCCAGGUCCAACGAACGCUGUCACUCAGGGGCAGCCAGGGCCACCGGCAGACAGGCUGCCAGUGGCGAAGGGAGCGCAGGGUGAACAUCCGCCCAGCAACAACAGGACUGAACCUGUGAACACAAUCCCCAAACAGUAACCUCCCCUGGGACAAUCUUUCUGUGUCGACGUGUGUGCUUUGCGGUUCAUUUGAAAGGGAAUUUGUAAUUAGUGCUCCUGCAGUGAAGAAUGGAGAAGCACAUAAUGUAGCUUUUGUGUGGUGUGGGAGGCCGCUAGUAUGCUUGUGCAGAGUGUGCUAGUGUGUGCUAGUAUGCUUGUGUGAAUGCACUGACCAUCUCUGUGUCCUUGGAAGGUGAUGAUUACUUCUUUUACUAUUUUGAGUUGGACAUCUUUAAAGUACAGAGUGGUUGUUUCUAUUCUUUCAAACCAAUCUACCAUUUUUAUUACUUGCAGGGAAAACAGGAGAGUUCACGUCAUGGUGAAUGUCACAGUUGAUUUCAGCCCUUAGAGGAUGGGUACAUUAAGCUGUGGCUUUUUUUGUGUCAUUAUUUUACAUCUUAGGUGUUUCUUAAUGUGUUACACAGUUGAGUUGUACAUCAGGUGUUUCAGUUACUGAUACUGAGUCUUAAUGACCCAGUUUGGAAUAAUUUCAGUAGAGGUCAGUGCUGUUACCUCACAUGUCUUUGGCAAACAUGUCUGAAAGAACUGGUAAUGGUUAUAUCCGAUACUAAAUUCUUCAUUAGAGCAUAUGAUAAUUCACCAUGAUAGAGGUUUUUGCACUGAUUAUUGGCCUAACAAGUACUGACUCACAGUUUUUCUCCAUUGCUGAGACACAUUUUCAGAGCCAGUUCAUUCAUUUUCUCAAAACUACAUACACGUUCUCAAAACAACACUUGCAUUGGCAUGCAAUCUAUAGCUUUCAGAGGUGUAUUUCACAAAAUCUAGAUAAGGGAUUAAGAUGGGAUUUUUUGGUUAUCCUGGAUGAAUUUAGCCUUGACUUGGUUUCACAAAAGAGAUGGCAUAUAGGUUACCAUGGGGAUUUAUUCUCUGCACCUAGCCUGAUCCCGACCAGGGUAACAGACAGGCUCAGUUACUGUAAUUCUAAUGUUAAUUAUGUUGUCUUAUUGGUUCAGCCAGCUGUCAUUCAAAUCAGACCUCCAUGUGAUUUUUUGAGAGGUUUAUUCCAUACUGUUUGCUACAUGUAUUUACUCGCAAAACACAACAGAUUGUCUGCCAAAUACCAUAUGGUUAUCAUUUUAAUUAUGGUAGCCUUAUAAUUAUAAAUACACUCGUUGUUUGCUUCUAUUGUUGAUAGACGUUUGAUGAAUAGUUUGACUACUGUAGUAGUUGAUUGGAAGUGGAGGGUCAAUUUUUCAAAGGUGUUGUCAACUAAUUUGGUUAUAAAGACAAUAUAAAAGUAUA